AUGGGAAACUCCAGCACCAACCAAACGUGUUUCACAGAUGACUCUUUUAAGUAUAAUUUGAAUGGCGCCGUUUACAGCGUCGUGUUCAUCCUCGGCCUGAUAACAAACUGUGCAUCCCUUUUCGUCUUCUGCUGUCGGAUGAAAAUGAGAAGUGAGACUGCUAUUUUCAUCACCAACCUGGCCCUCUCUGAUCUGCUCUUUGUUUUCACUUUGCCUUUUAAGAUUUUUUACAACUUUAACAGACACUGGCCCUUUGGCGACACCCUCUGUAAGAUUUCUGGGACGGCGUUUCUCACCAACAUCUACGGAAGCAUGCUUUUCCUAACCUGCAUCAGCGUCGACCGAUUCCUUGCUAUUGUCUAUCCCUUCCGCUCUCGUACCAUCCGGACAAGAAGAAACUCUGCUAUUGUGUGUGCAGGAGUGUGGAUACUGGUCCUCAGCGGUGGAAUCUCGGCCUCUUUGUUCUCCACGACCAAUGUCUCCAAUUCCACAACAACCUGCUUUGAGGGAUUUUCCAAGCGCAUCUGGAAGACCUAUUUGUCCAAGAUUACUAUAUUCAUCGAAGUGGUAGGCUUCAUCAUUCCUUUGCUCCUGAACCUCACGUGCUCUUCUCUGGUACUUCGAACCCUCCGAAAACCUGCAACGCUGUCCCAGAUCGGAACCAACAAAGAGAAAGUGCUGAAGAUGAUCAUCGUGCAUGUGGCUAUUUUUAUUGUCUGUUUCGUGCCAUACAACUCUAUUCUCUUCCUCUACGCUCUGGUCCGCUCCCAAGCCAUAACCAACUGCUCCUUGGAGAGGUUUGCCAAAACAAUGUACCCCAUUACGCUGUGCAUUGCAACACUCAAUUGCUGCUUUGACCCGUUCAUCUAUUACUUCACGUUGGAGUCCUUUCAGAAGUCUCUCUAUAUCAACACCCAGAUCAAAAUGGAGUCGCUUUUCAAGACGGAAACACCACUGACGGCGAAGACUUCUCUUCCGGCUAUCCAGGAGGAACUCAGUGACCAGGCGAUGACUAAUGGGGGAGAACUCAUGCUGGAAUCCAACCUCUAACCAGGCUACGGAUCUCUCAUUCCACAUCGGACAACAGCUUCCCAAUGGUGAGACCCUGAGCAACAGCUUUGAGUCUAUAUCACAGAAACUAGUGACAGAAACACUGCCUCAAGGAGGAUCCGGAUUCUUGUAGUAUCACAUGCCAUUUUUUCCCAGUACCAACAGAUCCAAUGCCGUUAUAACAUCCUGAGGGAGUACCAGAUUUUUUGCUGUCCUGGAGUUUUGCUACAUGAAACGAAUGGGUAGGGGAAAUCUUUGUUUUCUAG